ACAGACUGAAGUAUAUCAGGAUGGCUCGACGCCGGGGAACUGUACCUGACAGUCCAGCAAUCCGUCGUCGAUUUCAUAAUACAAUAAACCUUUUUCUCAAGUUUUCUUCGUCAUUGGUCUCUGUAUCCUUCACUCGAUAGGUCACUGUGAACAUGCCUUCCACAAGCGAGUUAUCAGACCCCCAAGAGUACCAGAAGAUCUUUCACUGGGCCGAGACGCAAAAGGAUGGCACUAUUCCGUCUUUCAGCACGAGACGAAACGAUCCUUAUGAGUAUCAAGCCGGGUUUGGCAACGCGUUCGUCUCGGAGGCUGUCCCAGGCACCAUUCCACAGGGCCAGAACAGCCCGCGCAAUGUCCGGUUCGGGCUGUACGCAGAACAGAUCACGGCCAGCGCCUUCAUCGCCCCCAGACACUGCAAUAAGAAAGCAUGGCUAUACCGCGCUCGCCCGGCCGUUGCCCACCAAGGAUUUACUGACCUCCCCGACAACAACGACACCGAGGCGAACUUCCUCCCCAUGAACCCUCGCGUACACGUCUCGCCCACCCAGCUCGCCUGGUUCCCGUUCGACAUCCCCAGCGACGAGCAAGUGGACUUCGUCGGCGGCCUUAAGACCGUCGCUGGCUCCGGGGAGCCCACGCUGCGCGAAGGCCUGGCGACGCACGUCUACGUCGCCAACGCCAACAUGACCAAGAAAGCCUUCGUGAACUCCGACGGCGAGAUGCUGAUCAUCCCGCAGCAGGGGGCCCUCGAUAUCCAGACCGAGUUCGGCCCGUUAUUCGUGCAGCCGGGCGAGCUCGUCGUUAUCCAGCGCGGGAUCCGCUUCCGCGUCGAGCUGCCCGAUGGGCCGUCUCGAGGCUACAUCCUCGAGAUCUGGGGCAGUCAGUUUGAGCUGCCCGAGCUGGGGCCCCUGGGCGCCAACGGCCUGGCCAACGCCCGCGACUUCCUCGUGCCCACGGCCAAGUACGAGAUUUCACAGGAAUCGUGGGAGAUCGUCUACAAGCUCGGCGGGAAAUUCUUCAAGAGCAAGCAGAACCACAGCCCGUUUGACGUGGUCGCGUGGCAUGGGAAUUAUGUACCCUACAAAUACGACCUCACCAAAUUCGUCAACGUCGGCUCCAUCUCCGUCGAUCACAUCGACCCGUCCAUCUUCUGUGUGCUGACGGCCAAGUCGCGCGAUCUCACGGCCCCGCUGGCCGAUCUACUUAUCUUCUCUCCGCGCUGGGACGUCGCCUCCCACACCUAUCGCCCACCAUACUACCACCGCAACGCCGCCUCGGAACUCAUGGGUCUCAUCUACGGCGACUACGGCGGCCGCUCCGACGCCUUCCAGCCGGGUAGCAUCUCGUUCGAGUGCGGGAUGGUCCCCCACGGCGUCGCCUACGAGGAAUUCCAAGCCGCGACCACCACCGCGCCCCCGACCAUGCAGAUCUCGCUGGCCUCGAUGGCGUUCAUGUUCGAGUCGAGCCGACCGUUCACGAUCACGGAGUUCGCGUGGUCGAGUGCCAAGAGGCAUGAGCAUGAGCCGAAGAUGUGGGAUAAUCUCGUUGAUCAUUUCUCGGAGCAUGCGGCGGAGGUGCAGGCUGCGUUGGCGCAGGCUGCGGCCCGGAGGAGGGGGUGAUUUGAUUUAGCUUAGCUUGGUGUGUUUGUCGGUAGUCUUGGAUUGGAUUGCUGAGGUGGGAAGGUCGGAAGGGGGAAGGUCUUUCGGACUGUAUAUAGUGAGGUAGAUUGUUAGAAGGUGGAGUGGGUAUUCGUGG